AUGGUCGGCGACGGCCGCCACCGUCGACAAGUCGUUGUUGGUGGAUUUCCGCCUUGCCCCGGCCCGGUAUGUGCAUCCGGGACUCCCAUCCGCCCACGUGCACGCCCUGGAGGCGUCGCUACACAUACCUCCUCGGGGGGUGUCGCCGGGCUUCAGCGUCCUAGUGCAACCAUCGCAGGCUUCGACGCUCGUAUGGCUAUCAGAACGGCAGGGGCUAGGAUCUGCCACUCUCCGCCUUUGAUUCGUCACUACCUCGCUCGGGCGUGGUUCCAGCUUCGAGUCCACUGCGACGUUCGCAUCCGCAAUCUCAAGGGAUAUCGGGCCGACACUUCCAAGUACCGUCCAAGCGAUCGAUUCGUCUUCCGGGCCAUCGAAUUGACAGCCAAGGGUGCAGGCGAGGCCGAGUGGACCGUCUCGUCGACCGUACCGUACAGACUGAUCAUGGCCGUCGAUGCCGACAACAAAGUCGCCAGAGCAGCCGUCCAGUCGGCCAAGAACCAGGUAUUGUCGGUGUCGAUGAAGCAGCGCGAGGAGACGUAG